AUGGCGGCGGCGGCGGAGCUGCGGGACGGUCUCCGCUCGGGCGCGCGCGUCCUCCACGAGCAGCACCGGGGCUGGCUGGAGGCGCUGGCCGCCUGCCUGCCGCUGCUGCGGGCCCUGGGCAGCCUGGCCCGGCAGGCGGAGGCCACGCAGAGGGCGCCCCUGGCGGAGACGCCGCUGCGGGCCUUCGCGCGCCUGCCGGAGCGGCUGCGGCUGAAGCAGCGGGCGGCCAUGGAGGCGCUGCUGGCGGAGCUGCGCCGGGAGAAGCUGCCGGCGCUGCGGGAGGCUCGGGAUGCGGUGGGCGCGCGCGUGGCGCCGCUGCUGGCGCUCGGGGGGCCCCGCCCGGACCCCGCCUUGGCCGGGCUGCUGGCCGGGCUGCUGGACGCCGAGGCGCUCUUCCACGCCGUCUACCUGGAGGCGCGGCUGCUGCUGCUCUCGCUCAGCUACCGGGACCUGGCGGCGGUGCAGGCGGCCCCCCUCGCCUGGGAGCGGAUCAUGCAGCGAGGAGGCCGCGUGGAAGAGACGUUGCAGAAAGCCGCCUUCUUCCUGGAGGACACCUGA